AUGUCUAGCUAUGGGUCUCAGAGUUCAUCUAGAUACAGCUCAAGCAGUUACUCUAGGAACAGCAGUGCUACACAAUAUUGCUUUCCUAAUAAUGAAGCUAUGCCCCCUAUUAGUCCUGAACAGGAAAAUGCUAUUUACAUGGUUCAUGUAGAUAAUGUGAAGACAGAUCCUGUAAAUAUUAGGUUGCCACAAAAUGCAAUCAACAAUGUUAGAACUUACCUUAUUAAUAAUUAUUUUGCAAAUUUACCUACUGAGAUGAAGCCGAUCAAUAUGGAGUCCCAGGACGCUGCAACAAAAAGAAAACUUUCUAAGAAGCAACUUAAAAAAAAUAGUUCAGCUUACUUGCGCCAAGGAGAAAAAGCCAAUGCAAGAAAAAAGAAAUUCUUAGAUAAGAUGACAGAGGAAGAGAUAGAGAUCAAAAGGGCUAAGGAUAGAGCAUACUAUCGGAAAAAGAAAGCUGAGAAGAAAGUUAAAAACAUUGCUGAGAUGACUGAAAGAGAAAAGCGAAAGCAAAGAAAAAUUUGGAAAGAAGCGUCAAAGAAAUACAGAGAAAAGAAAAAGACAUUAUCAACUAUACUAAACAAUACUCCGCCACAUUCCGAUGAUGAGUUAGCUGCAUCACCUUCAGUAAGAAAAACAGUGGGUAGAAAAAUUGUGCGGAAGGACAGAGCCAAAGCAUAUCGUAAAAUCAAACAACAGGAGAAAACAAUUGCUAAAAUUACACGUAAAUAUGAAACCUUGAAGAAAAAACUAAGAAGAAAAGAAAAUAGAGAACAGGAGAAAUCUCAGCCACCAACAACUCCUAACAGCAAGGUUGACGCAUUGAUAAAAAAUGUUGACGUCCCUCCUGAGGUGCGCAAGAAUCUUUUAUUUAACGAAGUACUGACUACGCAAUUAAAAGAAAAAGCUGGUAGUUUGAAAAAAAACUCUAAAGAGAAUGAAGUCUUCCAAAAAUGUGUCAGCGGUGAUUUGGUAAGGAAAUACAAAUUGCUUCAUAUGGUUAAGACUUUUUUGCCAAAAGAAAGAACCAGUACAUCGAUUUUGAAGUCGGAUACCAAAAUUCGUGAGGUUGUGUUGAAGCAUGAUAUUCGUCAAAAAGUUGAAGAUUUCUUCCAGAGUGACGAUAUCAGUAGGAUGUGCCCAGCUAAGAGAGAUUUUGUAAAAAAAAACGGCAUUAAGAAACAAAAACGCAUCCUUUUAUUUCCUGUUAAAGAACUGAUGUCAAAAUUCGUUAGCGAAACUGGAAUAAACUUGUCUUAUACGACAUUAUUAAGAGCAAAACCAUUUUGGGUGGUAUCUCCAAAAUUAAGAGACAGACAAACUUGUUUGUGUGUCAAACACGAAAAUUAUGAAUUCAAGCUGAAAAAAUUAAAAAGCUUACACCAAAUUGCUCAAGGGAGUGUAGAGAAAAAUAUCGAGAAGUAUAGUUGCGACAUAACUUCUUAUGACUGCAUGAAUGGUAUAUGUGAUAAAUUCAACAAUCCUACGCUUGAGCCAACUGAUAAUACAGAUACUGUUAACUAUUUCCAAUGGAAGUCUGUUAUUGAAGAAAAAAUUGUAAAGGGCCUGAAUAAGAAGUUCAAGAUCACGAAAAAAACUUACAACAUGUCUGACUUGCCAUUUAAACUAGUCGAUAUGACGGAAGGUGAAUUAUACGCCGAACUCGAAAACAUUUAUUCAGAAAUGGAACAAAGUCGUAUAAACGGUGAAGAAAUUCCAUCUGAUUGUGAAUCGUUAGCCAGUAGCAGAGACGACCAAGAAAGUGAUACAGAAACUACUAUUAGAAGCAACGUGUUGAUAUGUUCAUAUAGUGACUCAGAAGAUGAUAUACCUUUGUCAACUAUCGCUGGAAAACUGCAGCUAGCUUCAUCUGCCUCAUCAGUUGGAAGAAAGUCUCCAGUUUGGUCUAAUGUGAAAACUCCUACACCACCUCCAGAUUUUACUGCGCAUUCUGGUCUAGCAGAUUGUGUAACGAAUAUGACAGAUCCAACACCGUACAAAUUAUUUCAAUUAUUUUUUUCUGACUCCCUGAUAGAAAGUUUUGUUUUUGAAACGAACCUGUAUGCUCAACAACAGUUCAGCAAGCAUAAACCAACUGAUGUUCGUGAAAUUAAAACAUUUUUGGGGUUAAAUUUACUUAUGGGCAUAAAGCGCCUUCCAAGUUAUAGGGACCAUUGGUCUCGCGCGCCAGAUCUACAUGACUCUUAUGUCAGUAAUCUAAUGUCGGUAAAGCGAUUUAGUUGGUUGCUUGGAAAUAUUCACUUGAAUGACAAUUCAUUGAUGGCAAAAAAAGGCGAAGCCAAUUACGACAAGCUGUACAAAGUAAGGCCAUUGUUGAACCGUAUGUCAGAGGCAUUUGGAAAAUGUAUGCUGCCAAGUCGUGAAGUUGCCAUAGAUGAAUCCAUGAUAAAAUUCAAAGGGAGAAGUUCUCUCAAACAAUAUAUGCCAAAAAAACCUACUAAAAGGGGAUACAAAGUGUGGAUGCUGGCUGAUAAAAAUGGGUACUGUCUAAAAUUUGAUAUUUAUACAGGAAAACCUAGUGGUGAUGUCGAGAAAAACUUGGGCUCAAGAAUUGUGAAACAGCUAUGCGAGGGUCUCGAAAAUAAAAAUCACUUGGUCUAUUUUGACAAUUUUUUCAACGGAGUCGAGCUAAUGGAAGAUCUAAAAAAUAUGCAGAUACAUGCCUGUGGUACUGUUAAUUCUUCUAGGCGGAAUAUUCCGAAGUUCAAAUCAGAUAAGAACAUGAAAAGAGGUGAUAUCGAGUGGUUUACAAGCAAUAGUGAUUUGUCUGUUAUUAAAUGGAAGGACAAGCGUUCCGUUUUUCUCCUGUCUAACUUCCAUGACCCACGUGAUACUCUUGAAGUGAACCGAAAAGAAGAGAAUGGAUCAAUUACCAAAGUGCCUUGUCCAAAAGCCCUUUCUGAUUACAAUGCCAAUAUGAAUUUUGUCGACAAGUUCGACCAAAAUCUUACUUCCUACAAAAUAGAUCGAAAAAGCCAUAAAUGGUGGCAUCGCAUUUUCUUCUUUUUCCUGGAUGCUGCUGUUGUUAAUGCAUUUAUAUUAUAUAAGGAGUUACAGCUACCCACACUUUCUAUGAAAGAUUUCCGAAGAAGUAUAAUACAAGGUCUUGUUGUACAACAACUGAAAUUCGAUUUGAAGGUUCAUCUCAUCAACCUGAACGCGGUACUCGACGUCGGUGUGCUUACUGUAGCACUAAAAAAAAACAAGACUUUCACAGAAAUAAAUAGGAAUAGGGCGGUGGUACAUAUAUAG